UUUUGACUCCCGGAAGUGGAGUCCCGGAAGUGUGUGUUGUUGUUGUGAUGGCUGAUCGCGGGAGUGAUUCUGGGGACUCCAGUAGCGAUGCAGACGUCUCUUCUGUCAUGGGCUUCUCUGGGUUUGGGAAGAAAGCUCGAACCUUUGACCUGGAGGCCAUGUUUGAGCAGACGAGGAGGACGGCCAUCGAGAGGAGCCAGCGUGUCUUAGAGGAGCGCGAGAAACAGGACGCCGAGGCCAGCAGCGGCGAGCCGUCAGCAUCAGCGUCCAGGAAGCAGGACUCUGAUGUCAUCGGUCCUCCACUUCCUCCUGCGCUCGGCGUUCAGACGGAUGAUGAUGAGGAUGAGGAUGAUGAGGAAGAUGAUGAUGAUGAUGUGGUCGGGCCACCGCUGCCGCCUGGAUACAAGCACAGCACCGCUGACGAUGAUGAUGAUGAUGAGGAUGAUGAUAUGACUGAUGAGGAAGAUGACAAUCCAGUGAAGAAGAUCCCGGACACUCAUGAGAUCACGCUUCAGCACGGCUCUAAAAGCGUCUCAGCUUUGGCUCUGGAUCCGUCUGGCGCUCGUCUGGUCACCGGCGGCUACGACUACGACGUGAAGUUUUGGGAUUUCGCCGGGAUGGACGCGGCGCUGCAUGCCUUCCGGUCCCUGCAGCCGUGUGAAUGUCAUCAGAUCAGGUCUCUGCAGUACAGCGUCACCGGUGACGUCAUUCUGGUGGUGGCGGGAAACUCGCAGGCCAAAGUCCUGGACCGCGACGGAUUCCAGGUCCUCGAAUGCAUCAAAGGAGAUCAGUAUAUUGUGGACAUGGCCAAUACCAAGCCUCCAAACUACAGGCCUGUGAAAUUUUCUAUGCGUGUAAACCUGCAUCAAAUCAUGCCCUCGUUGUGUUCCCCUAUAAAAGCACGCUGGUUUUACUGUGCGUCUGAACCGUGGCGUUACAGAUAUGGCUGUGUUUUAUUCAGUGCUAAUAUAGAUUCUGGAAGUCGUCGCUUGGCAAGCAGCGGCGCAUGUCUCAGGACGGUGCGGACGUGGGACUUGAACUCGGAGAAGAAGCACAAGUCUGUGUUCAAGCCUCGAUCGCAGCAGGGCAAGAGAGUGAUUCCCACCUGCUGCUCCUACAGCCGUGACGGCAAACUGAUCGCCGCCGGCUGCCAGGACGGGACCAUCCAGAUCUGGGACAGGAACCUGAGCGUUCACACGAAGUUCCACUGCCGCCAGGCUCACGCCGCCGGAUCCGACACGACCUGCCUCACUUUCUCUUACGACGGAGUAACUCUCGCAUCACGAGGAGGUCAGACCCGCCGCUGCUUUCUGUCUCUGACAGGAUGGCAUAAUGCAGAUGUUGACGUCCAGCACACUGAAUACAUGCAGCACAGAAACCACGGAGCAGCAGCAGUAGCAUUAAUCCGAAGGUCUCUGUAUGGCACGAUUAAGAGUAAUGGAGAGGUCAGAUAUACAGAUGUGCACGAUCUAAACCCAAUGAUACAGUAUCUGCAAGGUAAUGGAGCGACUAAAGGAGAUAACAGACGGAUUAACCCCGUACAUCCCGUUAAGUCAAUAAGGGCCAGAGAAACCCCUGCUACGGUCCUGGGGGAGGGAGAGGGUCUAAAGCCGGAUUCUAGGUCAGGCAGGCUUAACGCAGUCCGGCUGGAGGAUUCAGGCAGAAACGAGCCCGGCGCUGAACAGCUGGAGGCUAAGCAGAUUUCACCCCCAUGCCUCCACAGACUUCCUGCUCAAAUAAUGAGUUCUCAUCUGCUGUUGUUUCAGAGCGUCGUCCGCUGUCUUUGGCAUCCCAAGCUGAAUCAGAUCAUGGUCGGGACGGGGAACGGCCUGGCGAAGGUCUACUACGACCCGGUCAAGAGUCAGAGAGGUGCGAUGCUGUGUGUGGUCAAGAGCAAGAGGAAGGAGAAACACGCCGAGACGCUGACACAAGAUUACAUCAUCACCCCUCACGCUCUGCCCAUGUUUCGUGAGGCCCGGCAGCGCAGCACCCGGAAGCAGCUGGAGAAGGACCGACUGGAUCCGGUCAGAUCCCACAAACCCGAGCCGCCCGUGUCCGGACCAGGUCGAGGCGGUCGUGUGGCGGCCCACGGCGGGACACUGUCCUCCUUUAUCGUCAAAAACAUCGCCCUGGACAAAACCGACGACAGAUAG